UGAAUAUAUUGAACAAAAAAAAAAUAUUUAUGAGAACAUAGUGAACUUUACUUGCAAAGAGAAAAGCAAAAAAGAAAUAGCAAACAAAAAGUUAUGAAAAGUCUUAAUGAAAAUAGUGCAAGUUAUUUAAUGUGACACAAUACGAACAUUACGACGAUAUAAAAAGUUUUCAUUCGCGGUGUAUUAAUUUGAUCUCUGGUGCUUACAGUGUGCUAUCAAACAAACCAACACUGAACACAUACAACAAACGAAAAAAAAUAGACUUGACGAAUAGAGAGAAACAUGCAUGCAAUUGCCAAAGCAAAACGAACAAAGAUGAAGUAGCAUAUUAAACAUUGUCAAAAUAGAUUUAUAGAAUUAAAACGCGAUAUAUUUAUAUAUUUCACAAUAGCAAAUAAAAAAGAGAAUUCGUUUUCGGUUUUAAAUUCGUCUCUGGUUUUGUUCAUUUUUUGCCUUAUGGUUUAUAUUUUGCAAAUUCAGUUAUAAAUGAAAAGUGUGUGUUGUAAAUAACUUAAAACGACAGGAACAAAAUAUAUAUCAAAAAAAUAACUGUUGAUUACAUUAACUUAACGUAUGUGCAAUAAUUCCUAAAAGCUUAGCAAUAACAUUAUAAUAGCAACAAAAAGAAACGGCUUCGUCGAAUCCCGAAAUUGAUGAUCGACCCAGCAUUCAGUAAUAAUUUUUAUUUAGUUGAUAAAUCGACUGAACAACAAGUGAAGAAGUGUGGCAAACAAAAAUGAUCCAAUUUGAAACCGUCAAAUAUGGAAUAUUGAAAAAAACCAAGGAUAAUCAAAAAAUGUCAAAAGGUGACAGUACAAGUUCCUGUUCCGAGGAAGAUGUUUUAUUGCCUGAAACAAAUACAUUGACUGAUGAGUCGUGUGCAAAUAUGUCGAGCACGGAGCUUAUUGAAAGUGAAACGACAUGCACCGCCACUGCCGCUAUAGACGAACGUAAACAAUUAGAUAAAGACAGUGCAUCGGAUGGUGAAAUGGACACAGAAACACAUCACAGUUCCGAUGAAAAUUUAGAAAAUAAUACAACAAAUGGACUGGCAUCAAGUAACGAUGACGACGAUGUUACAAAAAUGUCCAAACACAAUGAAGACGCUGCAAAUAACAAUAGCAACGAACAAGAUGCAGACGAUGAUGAUGGUACUGAAAAAUCAGACACAAAAAAUGAGCAAUCACUUGAUAAUGGUUUCGGUGCGGCGGCCGGUGGUGGAUACUUUUCGAUGGAAGCCAUUCAAAAGAUGGCACAAUUAGUAUCAGCUGCAAUGACCAAUAACAGUGAUAACGAAGAUGCACAAAAGCAAUUGACAUUGUUGCAGUCAACAUUGUUCACAUUGCAGCAUCAGCAAUUGUUUCAAAUGCAAUUGAUUCAACAGUUACAAUCACAGUUAUCGUUAUCGCAAUCGGGCAAGCCCGAUGGUGACGAUGACGAUGAUGAAAUUGAUCAAAUGGAACAUGGUGAUGAUGAACGAGAAGAGGGUGAAUUAUCGGAAGAACAAAUGGCCGAAGAGCAACGAAAAUAUGAAGAAGAACAGAAAGCAAUUGAAAUUGAAAAGGAAAAAUUGCGAUUAAAACAACAACAAUUACAAAAACAAGAAAAAGAUAAAACCAAUGAAAACGAUCGAUGUGGCAAAGAGUAUGACGCAUCAAAACCACUCGAUCCAAAUGAUAGCAAAGGAAACGAUGCACUUUCUGCGAUGGAAGCAUCAUUUAGCUCACCAUUUUCAUCGAAUAUCAUUACAAAUCAUGAUGAACCAUCAUCAAUGGACGGACUUAAUUCACUAGAAAUGCUUCAAAAACGUGCCGAAGAAGUGCUUGACUCCGCAUCAAAGGGCAUUUUAUCAGGUGGACUAACCGAUGAAAUGGCAUUUAAGAACGAUGGAAAAGGACGAAACGAACCAUUUUUCAAACAUCGUUGCCGAUAUUGUGGCAAAGUGUUUGGUUCAGAUUCAGCACUUCAAAUACACAUUCGAAGCCACACUGGCGAACGACCGUUCCGAUGCAAUGUAUGUGGUAGCCGAUUCACAACAAAAGGCAAUUUAAAAGUUCAUUUCCAACGGCAUACACAAAAAUUUCCACACAUUCCCAUGAAUCCAAAUCCAAUACCAGAACAUUUAGAUAAAUUUUAUCCACCAUUGUUGCCACCGAUUCCACCGGGUCAACAGGCACCGUUAUCGCCGCCAGCAUCGUCAAACAAUACAAACGUUCCGGCAUCACCAUUAAACUUACCGAAUUUACCAUUUCCUCCGAUACCUGGCUUACCAAACAAUUUACAAGGUCUGCAAUCAUUACAAAGCUUACACAGUUUGCCAUUUUUACGGCCACCAUUCGAUUUACUAAAACAAAUGGGCGCUCAUCCAUUUUUUGGUGCAGUGCGUGAUGCUGUGCAACAGCAACAACAAAAAGAGCGUGAACUUGAACAAGACGUACCGGCUGACUUAAGCAAAGCAACCGAUUUGUCAAAAUCCCAAAUCAAAGAGGAGCCCAAAGACGAUGAACGUGAUGAUGGCGAACAUUCUCAUACUGGUGAUGUAAUUGAAAAGCCAAAAAGAGGCCGAGAUUCAAAAUCUCCGGUCGACCGAAAACAAAAUGAAUCGAUUGAAAAGCGUCGCAGCUUAUCACCGCUACCACAUCGUCGAUCAUCAUGGAAAGAUGACAAUAAAAGCGACGGAAUGUCACCAACACCGAGCAUGGAAAACUAUUCACCCAAAGCUGAUCAACCGGAAAAUCUAUCGUCUCGCAUCUCAUCAAAACAUCAUUCACCAAGCAGCGUCGGUUCGGCCGCUCGUGAUAAUCACUUCCAUGAGAGUCAAAAUGAUUUGAAAAUGUUUCCAACACUUUUGCCACGACCUGGCAGCAAUGACAAUUCAUGGGAGAGUUUCAUCGAAGUGGAUCGAUCGUCGGAAACAUCAAAAUUGCAACAAUUCGUUGAUAAUAUUGAAAGUAAAAUAACCGAACCAAAUGAAUGUGGUGUGUGUCAUAAGGUGUUGUCGUGUCACAGUGCGCUCAUCAUGCAUUAUCGCACACAUACGGGCAUAAGACCGUUUAAAUGUUUGAUUUGUGGCCGCAAAUUUACGACAAAAGGCAAUUUAAAAACACACAUGAGUGUGCAUCGCAUGAAACCACCAACACGAACCGUUCAUCAAUGUCCUGUUUGUCAUAAAAAAUACUCAAACUCAUUGGUACUACAACAGCAUAUCCGUUUGCAUACCGGUGAACCAACCGAUCUGACGCUUGAACAAAUCAGUGCGGCUGAAAUCACACAAAUUUCACCAUCAUCCGGUGCUGCCGCUUUUCCAAUGGGUUUGAAUCCGUUUGCAUUCCCAAUACCUGGUUUACAUCCAGGCAUGAGCGCCGAAUCAUCAAAUGGUGACAAUGAUGAAAUGAUGAUGGACGAAGAUUUUGAUGAAGAAAGUAACUAUGAAGAAGUAUCAAAUACCGGUUCGAUUUCAGGCGAUUCAAAUCAAAACAUAUCAUCGCGUUUGAAUAGCAGCGAAGAAUUACGCGAAUUGCGCGAAUUACGCGAAUCACGUACAUUGCGGUCCGAUCACAACAAAUCGAUUGAGAAUCUAUCGCGUGCACCAUCGGCCACCAGCCAUGCCGAUAGUGUCGAUGAGAAACGUAGCUCAAGUCCACGUACACCACAACCUCUAUCGCCAGCACCAUCCGAUAUGUCACAAUGUGCACUCGAUUUAACACCACGCUCCGAACCAAAAUCACAAAAUGGCCAAAAUCCAUUGCCAACAUCGGCUGCUGCUGCCGCCGCUGCAGCCGUGGCCGGCUUAAAUGCGUUUCCAAAUUUCCCAUUUAUGCAUCACAAUCACAUCAAUACAACGACAUCGAUGAUGAGCGGUGCACUUAAUUCGCUCGCACAAUCCGUUGCACCAAUUGGACCAUUCAAUCCAAUGGCUUUGUCAGGUGUUCGCGGUAAUACAACAUGCAAAAUUUGCUUCAAAACAUUCGCCUGUCAAUCAGCGCUCGAAAUCCAUUAUCGCAGCCACACCAAGGAACGUCCAUUUAAAUGCUCCAUUUGUGAUAAAGCAUUCACAACAAAGAAUGAAGAGCUCAUCCAUACAUCCCUCCAUUUCCAAAUAUAUGGUAACAUGAAGCAGCAUAUGAUGACGCACAAAUUGCGAGAUGUGCCACAGCACAUGUUUUCAAAUAGUAAAUUGGAACAAUCACGAAAUAAUAUUUCGCCGGACAGUGUAAAAAAUACACCAUCGUUGCGUGUCCGUUCGGAAUCUGAGCUAAAUCCACGUGCAUCGGCUGCUGCUGCCGAUCAACGUGAACGUUCGUUUCAAUCACAAGUGGAUAGCAACUAUCAAUUGAUGCUUGAACGACAACAUCAUUUGGAACAAAUACAAAGACAGCAUCAAUUGCAAUCACGUCACAGCCCUUUACAUCUACAGCGGCAAUCAUUGAGCGCCAUGUCUCCACCACAACAUAUCAAAAAUGAACUCACCUCACGACAAAAAUCAACCGCUGAUGAUGCCGAUCAACCCGCAGCUAAACGACAAUUGCUAUCCGAUUCACAAGAUAUUCCAACCAGCUUAAAAGAAGCCUAUCAAAUGCCACCAAUGCAUGAAUCAGAGAAAACGGCAGCAUCGCAUUUGGAACGCUUGCAACAAUUUCACACCUCAUCACUACUCAAUCAACCGAUUAAAUUGGAUCCAUCAUCACACAUGAAAUCGUCAGCCACCUCACCCAGUUCAAAUGACGCUGAUCAAAAGCACUUUUGUCAUUUGUGCCAGAAGAACUUCAGCUCAACGUCUUCGCUACAAAUUCAUAUGCGCACUCACACCGGCGAAAGACCCUUUGUUUGUUCCGUAUGCCAAAAAGCAUUCACCACUAAGGGAAAUUUAAAGGUUCACAUGGGCAUUCAUACAUGGAGUGGUGCAUCACGACGAGGUCGUCGAAUGUCAUUGGAAUUGCCAUUCAACGGAACGAUGCCGCUGAUGUUGCAAAAUCCAGAAUUUUUACAACGACAUUCAGACUUUUUCCAUCCAUAUCCGCCGCAUUUGAUAAGCCGUAUGACACUGGAACAUCAAAAACUCGAUCGUGAAGCAAUGAAUCUAGCUAGCAAAUAUAUGAAUGCGAAUGGAUUGUCACGUGGUCAUCGUGAUGAACGUCAAUAUUCAAAUCCACCAUCGCCAGCUGAUAGUGAUAAACAACAAAUUUCCCCGAAUAGUUUGCGCGAUGAACGCUAUACCGAUUCACCAAAGCGUAACGGUGACCGCGAUCAUUCACCAUCGCCACGCAUGUGGAAAUUGCACUACGAAAGCAAAGCAGUUAAUCGUGAUUCAAAAUCAAAAGGUGACGAUCAAAAUAAACCUGUCGAAGAACUGACCGCAUAAAAUCAAAAAAACAACCUCACUGCACAAAGUGAUUGGUGAUGGGGUGAGCCAAGUGAAACACAUUUAUAUUGUAUGUAACAUAUAAAUGUUUAUCAUAAUGAACAUUUUUUUCACAAAAACUGAUGAAAUCGUUUGAAGUGUGAAAGAGAGCGCGAAAUAUUGAUAAAUUACACCUGUACUUAGUUGCUUUACAUAUUUUUCAAAGUGGAUGACACUGUGCGUGUGACUCAAAUGGAACAAAUGUGGUUACAAAAAAAAA